AUGAAAACAAAUGUACAAGUCAAAGAUGAACCUGUUGAAUUACAAGUCAAUGAAUUACUUCGUUUAUAUGGUUAUAAUUUAACUGAUUCAUCAACAAUAAAACCAUCUCGAACAAAAUCAAUUGUUAAUAAUCAAGAACAAGAAUCAUCAACAUGUGCUUGGUGUCAAAAAUUAGGUGUACGCUCAUUUACAUUACGUACUGAUAAUGGUGAUUCAAAAACAUUAUGUAGUGAAGUAUGCUUUAAUCAAUAUCGUCGUGCUUCAUUUAAAAAGAAUAAGGGUUCAGAAACUGAUACUGAUCAUAAUACAUUGCCAGUUAUAUCAUCGAUUAAAACCAAGUCUCCGGAAAAGAAAAAUGGAACUAGUAAAUAUGAACAACAAUCAAUCGAUUCAAAUCGACGAAAAUUAUUAUUUCCACAUCGUCGUCCAACACCUAUAAUUGCUAAAACAAAAUCGAAUGGAAUUGUACGAAAAUCGAUUCUUUCACCACUACCACCACCACCACCACCACCACCAUCGAAACGUCAUCGAUCAUCAUCAUCAUCAACAACAACAUCGUCGUCGUCUCAAUCGAAUGGAAAAAUUCUUCGAGUUGAUCAAACAUUAGCAACUCCUUCAAAUUUACCUGUUAGUUUUACUUGGCAACCUUCACUUCUUCUACCAUCUACUAUUCCCUGGUCAUCUUCAAUCGAUAUCAAUCGUUUUCAAUAUCCAAUUUUUGCUCCUCCCCCUCCUCCCCUUUCUCUUCCUCUUGCUGCUCCUGCUCCUCAUCCUCCACUACCUCUACCAGCACCAGCGUCAUCAUCAUCAGUACUUCCUACCACACCAUCGAAUUUAUUUACAACAUUAUCGAAAGGAACAUUAUCAAGUUUCACUUGUAUUCUACCAACUUUUAUCCCAUUACCUAUUCCAAUACCGAUUCCACUUUGUUUUCCUAUACAUGUACCAUGUGUUAAAUGUUCAGUUAAAGUCAAUAAUCAACAAUCUCAAACGAUAAUACAAGAUAAUACUAAUCAAAAACGAACACGAAGAACUUCUCUUUAG